UCGUAUUCGAUAAUACCGAUUGGGAUACCAUAAUAUUUAGGGAUUGGGAUUGUGAUUAACUUUCGGGUAUAAUUUUAUAUUCGGAAUUUCAAUAUUUGAGUAUUGAGAUACCGAUACCGUACCGAUUUUCACCCAUGUAUAUAAUAACGGAGACCCCAAUAAUUUGGAGGCCCUGUGCGAAUGAGCCUCCCCACAUACCCACAGGACCGAUCGUGGAGAGGAGGAAAAUAAGAAGGUAAGGAUAGUUCCGCCUUGGCCUGACCUGACUAAUGGCUGAACUGAUCUCUCCUUCUCUCACGUACAUUUGUGUUUAUGAUUGUCAUACUAAAUAUUUUAUAAUUGAGAUUACGUUUUUUUUAUAGUUUGAUUAUUCCUAUAAUAUUGGCCCAAAAUAAAUAAAUAAAAAACAACCUUCUAGUUUUCAUCAUCAUCAUCAUAUGUAAACUAAAAUUUAAGGUACCUGUACAACUCUUACUGUUAACAAUUUUCUCUAGCUGUACUCCUACUACAAGUUUGUGCUCUCUACCAGUGAUUCAAAUUGGGAAAGACAGAUACCCAGUUUCUUAAGAACCAUUUUCCAAAAGGAGGCCUAGCUAGCUAGAUGGUCUAUUUCCCCAAUUUUUGGUGUCUUUUAUUGUCCGUUCCAACAAUAUAAACAUAAAAACAAUCUUCUGACAUACACUUGUUUUUUUUAAAGGGCACAGAAAUUUCAUUACUUGUAGCAGAAGCCAAUCGUUAUAAGAGAGGAGCAAUAACAUCAAGUACAUGAAUCCAUUCAGAAGGAAGUUGUCUCUUCGCACAUGAUCGAGCCACCCAAUUCACUUUGGAGUUUCUUCUUCUGCUGACGAGUCAAACCUGAUGGUUGGGUGGUCGAUUGAGAGAUUCUUGAUGCGGUUUGGUCGAUUGAGAGAUUCUUGAUGCGGUUGAUCCACCCUGUUGCUCGCUAUGACCAUAAGUCCAUUGGAUUAGCAAGGGCUUUAAUGAGGGAAAGGCAGUCGGGGAGGAUCAGGCAUGGUGCUGAAAGCGUCACAGCCAGGCGUGCUCCCUCCCAAAGGGCCUUCGCUUCUGCUUCAAGUGGGGAAAAACAAUGCAGGGACUCAACUCUCCCAUCACAAACCUGUCCAUGGCUAUUCGUAACAACGACGCCAUAUGCCGCCUCCUGGGAAUCGCUGAAGUAGGACCCGUCACAGUGUAUCUCAAAGUCAUGAGUACUCGGCGGUGGUGAGGAGAGAUCAAGGGAUGGAUUGUGCUAAGUAUGGGGGGUAGAGCACCUGUCUUCCUGCGGCAGGUGUUCCAUUGGUGAUGAGCAAUCUGGGCUCUGGAAGUGGCGAGUCGUAACGAAUUCUCAAAAUAGACCGUAAGACAUGCAUAUUGUUACAAUAUAACUUGAAUAAUUUGGAAAAAUAUGAAUCUAGAGUUGUUUGUUUCUUUUCAUCUCAAACUUUGUUCAUUACACUCAAAAUCUUCUAUGUAGCCUUCUGUAUUGCAACAAGUAGUUUUGAAGAGUCAAUACAACUUUAAGUGAUUCCUUUUGCAUGGGCGAUUCCAAAAACGUUGAAGGUAAAUAAUCUAUAAGAAUACGUUGAAUAUUUAUCUUGGACACCUAAACUAAACAUGCUUGAAUAAAUAAUUUUCAUCUAUGAGAUUUCGCUGGGUUACGUAGUCAACAAAGUGCAACCCGUGAGCUAUGGUUAGCGAGCCACCUCGAGUAGCAACUUAUGGGCGAAUAGGUUAAUAACUUAUCAGUUGGCUUGUUGAUAAUUCACAGGUUUAUUAGAUUGUAUUACAUCACCACAUAUAACGCUUAAGACUUUUAUUACACGAUCAAAUAUGUCUCUUUGAUAUUUUUAAAGAGAAACUAUGUAUCAUAGAUUGUUCAUAUACUAAUUACUAUUGACAUGAUAUGAACAAUUAAAAUUUUGUAGACUAAAUUAUAUGAUACCCUGAGCUCGAAUCGUUCUUAUGAGCUAAUUGAUGAGCCGAACUCGAAUACAGCUCGUGAUCUCAUUAACAAGCCAAGCUCGAGUUGAGCGCUUGAGUCAAACACAAACUAAAGUUUUAGGAAACAAGUCGAACUCAAACUAAAUCAAAACUCGACUCGGCCCAUUUGCCGCCCUAGUUUAGAUAAGAGAACAUCUUAUACAAUCUAAUUGCCAACGGCUGUACAACGUAAUUCACCAGAAUCCGGUUGAGGAAACAGAACGGGGUUGCUGUCUCAGUUGCUGCAACGUACCUAUGCACCAAAAUCAUCACAUAAAAAUCAACCCUUUUGCUAGCUAACAUUCAAAGGUCGUAUCUUUUCAUUCAGAAGAACCUAACCAUCUUACCAACAACAACAAACAUCAACGUACAGUGGUAUUAACACCCGACGAGAGAAGAAAGCGUUGCCACCUAAUUCAUUCAUUCAUUCACUCUCGCAGUCUCGCCUAAUCUAUAAGAUGAAAUAUAUCGAAUUGUCCGAUUGUUCCCAAGUCUCGUCUAAGUUCCCCUGGCAUGUAUCAGCACAGAGAAUCUCAAACCAUGUCGCCGGCCGAGGGUCGAACAAUGAUCAUCGGCUCGGCCGGGUUCAUCGGUUGGUUCCUGGCCGAUGCCUGUCUCCAAUCCGGCCGUCCUACUUACCUUCUAGUCCGCUCCGGCCCAGGAUUCGCAUCUCGUUCGUUGAAGUCCUCCAAGAUCAAGUCCCUCUUGGACAGGGGAGCCACCAUCCUUCACGGUUGUGUGAAGGACGGGGAGCUGAUGGAGAAGCUGAUCCGAGAGAACAAGAUCGAGGUGGUGAUUUCGGCGGUAGGAGGGGACUGCGUGUGGGACCAAAUCCACCUGAUCAAGGCCAUCAAAGCAACAGGAGGCCUUGUCAAGAGGUUUCUGCCGUCGGAGUUUGGGCACGACAUAGACAGAGCAGAGCCCGUGGAGCCGGGGCUGAUGAUGUACAAGGAGAAGAGGAGGGUGAGGAGGGUGAUAGAAGAGAGCGGGGUUCCUUACACUUACAUCUGCUGCAACUCCAUCGCUGCUUGGCCGUACCACGACCACACUCACCCUUCUGAUCUCCUCCCUCCCUUGGAUCGCUUCCAUAUCUACGCCGACGGUUCUGUCAAAGCAUAUUUCAUUGCGGGGACCGACAUUGGGAAGUUCACAAUAAGGGCAGUAGAGGAUCCUCGGACUCUCAACAAGACCCUGCAUUUCCAGCCCCAGACCAACCUCUUCAGCAUCAACGACCUUGCCCGCAUCUGGGAGUCCCAGCUCGGGCGCAACCUUCCUCGAGUUACCAUCUCCGAGGACGAUCUACUCUCUGCAGCCAAAGAAAUGCGUAUCCCACAGAGCAUAGUAGCUGCCCUGACCCACGACAUCUUCAUCACAGGGUGCCAGGUUAACUACAACCUCGACAAGCCAACCGACGUAGAGGUCUGCUCCCUCUACCCUGAUGCGUCUUUCAGAAGCAUCGACGACUGCUUCAAAGAGUUUCAUGCCAAGAUAGAUGAUAGUAAGCAGACGAGCAAGCCACCUCCACCAUCCAGUAACAGCAACAAGAACGGGAUCAUACUUGCCGGUUCCAAAACUGAAGCUGUUUUCAUCACAGCCUGAAGCUGUCAUCUGGAUCACUAUUCUAUUCUCAGAUUGUCAGUAGUCAAUAAGAAACAUAGACAAAUGUGUUGUUUGGUGCGAUCGUUUCCCUUUUCCCUUUCCCUAUUCUGGACUCUCAUUGCUGGAAAACAUAUAUAUUCGCAGCAAUUCUCUGUAUCAUCAUUUCUUCGACCUUGUGCUAAUUGUUCUCUGCAUUUCUGAUAUGUAAUGCAGUCUUGUUGCAUGUGCGUAGAGAGUAUUGCCUACUUUUGUAAUCAUAAGCAAGAAAACAUUUGUUCUGUACUCAGAUUAACGGUGAUUCCUGCUGAUUACGGGUUCAAUCAACACCAAACCAAAGCAUAUCAACAAUUGAAUCAAAUCAGUUCAAGCCAAACAUAACUCAAUCCGGUUUGAAUUCCAUAAUUCCUCUUAAAAGUAAAGAAAAGGUAGACCA